CAAAGUCUGUUUCUGUAUCCAUGAAUCCUCCUGAGAUCCUGGAGGACAGUUCAGUGACUCUGACCUGCAGCUGUGAUGCUAACCCAGCAGCUAACUACACCUGGUUCAACACAUUUGCUGUUUUACUUUUCGUCUUCAUCCCUGUCUUCCUUUGGAUCAGAAAGAACAGAUGUGUCACAGAGCAGAAGGAGAGGAGAUCUGCCAACAGAAUUCGAGUCAACAUGAGUCCAGACAUCAACGGUCCAUCAGCAGAAGCAGCAGAAGAGCAGCUGGAGCUUCAUUACAGCAGCAUCCACUUCUCUGAGAAGCAGGAAGACUGUCUGUACUCCAACAUCAGGAGGAACCACAAACCCAGACAGAGUCCAGAGGACAACACGGUCGAAUAUUCUGCAGUUGUAUUCAAGAAAUCGCCUGAAGUGAAAAAAACAUCAGGAUCCGAAAGUUCAGAGGAUGUUGCUCUUUACAGCACCGUCAACAAAUGUCUUCAGAGCAAAACUGAACUCUCUUCCUGAUAAAAGAUAAUCAGAUUCAUCUUCACCUUCAGCCGUUAUUGUCCUGUUCGCUUUGUGUUAGUUUAACAAUUUUAAAAUGUUAACAUUUGUUGGAAAAGAAAAAAAAAAUCUCACCUCUGUAACUUUUUCUCUUUUAAAUGAAAAACAAAUGUGUGACAUGAGCAGCUGAACAUUUAAUUAAUGACUGUUUUAUAACAUUACUUUAACUUCACCCCAAGUUUUGUGUAAAAAAUGUUUAAUUGUUUUAGAAUGUUUUUUUUAUUGUUUUUGGUCAUAAAAACAAAAUAUAUAUAUACUUUUAUUGUCCUGAGGACUUUUUUAUUCAGUUCAGAUUUGACUGAUGGACAUCCUUAAAUAUUUUUUGAACAAAUAGAAAAAAUGCUUCUAAGAAGAGAGUUUAUCCUGAUCCAUGAAGAGGUCCUUCCUGUCAGAGGUGUGAAUCCACAGAAGCCCCUCCCACUUCAGAGAGGAUCAAACUUUCUGCUUCCAGAUGACAUUUACAUCUUUGAUUUAAUCCUCGUCAUUAAAGAAGCUGGUCCAGAAUGUAGACACGAGGAAACAAAGUUUCAUUUAAAGUGACAAAGGAGAGGGGAAAAAAAGUGUUUUCAUUCAAAACAUUCAAAUACAAAAUCAGCCAAUAUGUACAGUAGAAUAAAAUAGUAAAAAAAGUAAACUUCUCUUAGUUAAAAGUAGAGGCCUGACUCUAAGAUAUUAUAACUAGAGAGGUUCCAAUCAGGUUAUUUGGGGUUCAAUCCAAUUCCGAGUCAUUUGAUUUUGAGCAUCUACCGAU